GCACCGCGCCGGACGUCUCCCGCCGCGCCGCACCCGCACCACUCACGAACUUUUGUUCGCUCCGACCAAAUUGUUCAUAUCAAUUUUUAUAUUUACAAAGUUCAAAGGUGCUCCACUGCCUUCUAUGUGUGUCAAAUUAGUGAAUGUUAAGCAGUGCUAGUGUAGAGUUAUAAAGCUUUUUGUACAAAAUGAACGACAUCGCCGUCAACGGAGACGCCGAAACGGGGAUCACAGAAAGGAUCGACAGGCAUUCUGCUGUCGACGUGGUAGGCGACACCAAAAGAGAGGACACAAGGUGGCCAGGCAACGAUGGUACCAGGCCGUCCACAUACUCACUUGCGAGCGGAGACAGAUCAGCGCUACUACGUUCGCAUGCCGCGAAAUCAGCGGAGUGCACAGCGGGAGCGGGGUCGCCGCGCGCGCGCCGCCUGCCGCGCGAGUCACGCCGCGUCUCCCUGGCACAGGCGCCGGGCUACGUGCAGCUGAACCAGUACCGGCUGCUGGAGCCCAUCGGACAGGGUUCAUACGGUAUCGUUAAGUUAGCGUACAAUGAAGAAGAUGAUACACAUUAUGCGAUGAAAAUCCUCUCAAAGAGAAAGUUGAUGCGGAGAGCGGGCCUUUUCGGGCGGGCGCCGCCCAGAAGGCCUGGCCCUGGACCGCCGCCCGAUCCCUUGCAGAGAGUCUACAGAGAGAUCGCCGUGCUCAAAAAAUUAGACCACCCUAACGUCGUCAAACUGGUUGAGGUGUUGGACGAUCCUGCAGAAGAUCACCUAUAUUUAGUGUUUCAACUGCUAGAAGGUGGGCCCGUCAUAGACAUCCCCACCGACAGCCCUCAUUCGGAAGAAUUGUCCAGGAAGUACUUCAGAGACGCGCUUUUGGGAGUAGAGUACUUGCACUACCAGAGGAUAGCGCACAGAGACAUCAAGCCGGCGAACCUGCUGCUGGGCGAGGGCCGCGUGCAGGUGGCGGACCUGGGCGCGUGUGGCGAGCUGGCGGGCGCCGGGAAGCUGGCCGGCGCGGUCGGGACGCCUGCCUUCCGCGCCCCGGAGGCUAUGGCCUCGCCUGACAAUUACAAAGGAGAGCCUGCAGAUAUCUGGUCUUUGGGCGUGACUCUGUACGCGAUGUUGACGGGUCGAGUGCCGUGGACGGCGAGCUCGCCCGCCGACCUGCAGCGGAAAGUACAGAAUGAGCCACUGCUAUACCCCGCAAAGCCUGUGAUCUCUCGUAGUGUAAAACACUUACUGGGAAGAAUGCUCGACAAGGACCCUAGCACCAGGGCUACUAUGCAGGAAAUUAAGGAGCACGAAUGGGUAACGGCAGGCGGUACCGACCCGCUGCCGUCGGAGCAGGAGAACUGUCGGCUGGUGGAAGUGACGGACGAGGACAUGGCGCAAGUCGUCACGUCCAUACCGAACCUUUCCACCCUCAUACUCAUCAAGACCAUGCUCAAGAAACAUAGCUUCCAGAACCCGUUCCUGCGCAGCCGCGAGGGCAGCACGGCGCGGCGCGAGCCCGCGGACAAGGGCGCGGGCGGCGCGCGGCGCGGGGGGCUGGCGCGCGCCGGCCGCUCGCUCUCCGCGCCCGGCAACUGCCUCGGCGACAGACAAGCGUCAUUCGACAUCAACCUGGAGUCGGUGCAAGAGUCGCGCGACCAGAGCAUAGACUUGAAAGAAAAAGAUAAGGAGAACGGGGUGGAGCGAGUCUCGUCAGCGCGGUGAUACGACAAGCCGGGCUUGGCCUGGCUGCUCUGCGUCCGGACCAAGCCCGCUUCCCGCACUGCGAUUUGAAACUGAACCUGUGGUAUUUACUAUAAAACGUUGUCUAAAUUUAAUACUUAUACAAGCCCGCUUACGCCUAUUAGAGGUAGGUUGAUCUCUCGGACGCCACGUCUCAUUGUCAGUCUCACCGCGUCAAUCGCCGACGCGCGCAAGUAAUGAAGCAUGUGUUGGAGCAUUGGCUAACUUUAGACAAUUUUCUAGUGAGACCUUGUAGUUCUUAAUCACUUCUGUGUUCUACGUACAACUUUCAUGGUCAAAGACUUUCAGCUUUCGAAGCGGGCAAUGUCUGAUUGCUCUGUACAAUCGAUAGGCAUCUGACCUUUACUUGUAAAAUUUCUUAUAGUUAGUGAUUUGCUAUAAAUACAAUUUGGUGCAUAAGGUGAUAUUCAAGUUUUCGCAUGGCCAAGCCAUUGACUAAAGUCUGGGAACGUCGUUGUAUAAAAAUAUUCAUGUGAACUUGACCGUUUGUCGUUUAGUAAAUAGUUUGUCCUCUGGGGGGUUUAUUUUUCACCAUAUUUUGUAAAUUUCAAUUAACUCCUGCACAAAAACAAUUAAGUGGGGAUACGAUUCAGCCGUGAAAACUAAAAAGUAAUUGCUUCUAUUAACUGGGCUGCAAAAAAAAAUAUUAAAAAAUAUUAAAUUAUAACAUCGGGGACGGCAGAUAAUAAUAUGAUUUGAUUUUAUUGCUUUUAAUUGAUUGUUGAUUUUCAAAACGUUAAAUUAUAUUCUUCUUAUGUACAUAAUGU